GCGGAAAGACGUGUUUUGCCCACGUCCACUUUUUGCCGGUUAUUCGGAAAAUCGCAAUCGCAAACGCAGUUAUCGGAUGAAUCUACACAAUCGCAUUGAUAAUUAUUUUGGCCAAAAAAAAAAUUAACACACAUCGCAGAUCCGAUAGAUACGAAACAAACCUCACGGAUUGCGAAUUUGUUUAAUGCCGUGAAUGCGUACGUGUGCGUGUGGGUAUCUGUGUGAGCAGCGCGUGUAAACAAAUGAAAAAAACGAAACGAGCGGUGUAUCUUCGGCUCUGAUAAGCUGACAAGUUUGAUAAAAAGCCAACACAUUGUUGUUAACAGCUCGGAAAACACAAGUGCUACUGCAUAAAAAAAAGAAAAGCACCCCCCUCCCCCUGCCACUUAAAGGAAAUCCAAACAAAUCGCCGGCUAGUGGAAAACAAGUGAAAUUCAAGAUACAACUGUAAACACAGAGGAAUUAUAGGAAAAUAUACAUAAUAUCGGCGAUAUCGCUGCAAAUUAAAGCCGUGAAAAAUUCGCUGAAAACAACAGCAACACAACAACAACAACAACAAGCAAUUAUGGUGUAAAGUAUACGACUAAAAUCUUAUCGGUGUGCAAUCGUUGUUGCUAUUAUUGUUCUAUAUGCUGGUUAGUUGAGUUGUUGUUUUUGCCUUAGCCGGCGUCGCGUCGGUGUUAGUGUGUCGGUGUGUUUGUGUGCAAACGAGUUUGCAAAAAAAAAAGGAAAAAAAAUAUUGCAGUUACGGUGGCAAGUGUUGCAGAUACUCCAACAGCAGCAACAACAACAACAGCAGCAAGUUAGCCAGAAACCAACACACACAACCAGCCACAAAAAUAUUGAGAAAUGCAUUCAUAAAUGUAUCGAGAUAAAUUAAAUCCAAAUGAAAGUGCUGAAAUUAAAUAAAUUUUAGGUAAAUAAGAAACCACAAAUACCACAAUUAAAUAACGAGCGUGUGCAAGUGUAGAUCAAUACAUAUUAGCUAUAUAUUAACCAUAUAUAUAGGCCGAUAAAAACCAUCGCGAGUGCUAAAAUGCUGUUCCCCGCAGCAUUGGUCAUCGUCGGGAUGCAUAAAUCUCUCUGAAAUCAAAAUUAAACCAAUCAAAAUAUAUAUCUGUCUGUCUAAGUAACCAACCAGCGUAGUAAAUCAAAUCAAAAUCACAUCAAAACCAAUCUCAAAUUGUUGACCGAUCAACAGUUUGAGUAAAUAUUUUCUUCGACCCCAUCAGACAUUAAGCAACGGCCUCAAAACGGAGUCCCUAGAGUUUUUGCCUUGCGAGGAAGAGGACUUCGAGAUGGAUAUCCUACCGAGUGGCAAUAUCUUCAACGAGUUGGAGCGGAUCUGCACCACCGGCUAUUUCUCGUCACAGCCGUCGAUUGAGGAUCAAUGGCAACAGACCUGCUACGAACUGGAACGCUAUCUGCGGGAUGAGCCCAAGCUGCAGAAGAAGAUACACAGCAAUCUGGACAACGCCUGGGACAUAUUCUCCACACCCGCCCGCCUGCUCGAGGAGCUGAAGAUCAAGGAGCAGCACCUGGACACGAUCUCGACGACCUCCUCGGUCUCGUCCAACUGCUCGGGCAUCUCCUGGGACAGCAAUGGCUCCCAGGCGCUGAGCUGCUCGGUGCUGGUGAAGCAGGAGAGGAUCGACGAGGAGGACGACGAGGUGGGCUGUGACGACAAGAUGGGCGUGUUGCUUUCGGCACCGCCCUCGGCCAUUUCGCCCAAUCCCAGCAUCGGCAGUGCGGGCAACAUGACGCCCACCAGCAACAGCAAUAGCAACAUUAGCAGCAGCAACAGCAUCACCAGCAGCAACAUCGGCAGCAGCAGCGGCAACAUCAUUGCCAGUCCGCUGAGCAGUCUGGGCAGUGGCAGCACCAUCACAGUGAGUUCCCGCAACAGUUCCGCGCCGGGCAUCAAGGUGCGAGUGGUCCAGGCCAAGAGCAACUCCAGAUUGCACCUGGGGCAUGUCCAGGACUUUGUGCUGCCCACCCUGACGCCGCCCUCCUCGCCAGAAUCCAGCCUGCGUACCCACAACUAUGCCCAGCAGCUGGAGGCCAACGAUCUGGCGGCCCUGAUACAGCAGCAACAGCAGCAGCAGCAGCAACAGCAGCAGCAACAGGCACAGCAGCAACAUCCACAUCCACAGACGAGCAACUCCACACCCGCAACAGCAAUCCUGCGAUUCACCAGCCAGAGCAAUCCCACAAUGACGCAACUGCAGCAGCAGCAACAGCAGUUGGCCGUCCAGCACUUGAGCAUAUCGCCACAGGCCCUUGGCAGCAACUCGCCCAAGAGCAGCAAUAGCAGCAGCAGCAGCAGCACCAGCAGCAGCAGCAGUAGCAGCAACAGCAGCAUUAGCAACAGCAAUAGCGGCAGCAGCAGCAGCAACAGCAAUCAGCCGACACACAGCAACAUUCCGCGCAGCACCAUCGUCCGAUUGACAACGGCCAACGGCAAGCCAGGAGCCGCUGGAAUCAGUCUGGCCCGAGUCAUCCAAAUGCAGAACAACGGCGAUGCCAAUGUUGCCGCCGUGCUCAAUGCCGCCGCCAACAGCAGCAGCAGCAACAGCAACACCACCAGCGCCAGCAGCAACAUCAGCAACACCAGCAGCAACACGGCGGCCCCGCAGCAACAGGUGCUCUCGCAACGGGCCGAAAAGCCAUCGAAUGGCUCCUCGAAAUCACAUCACCCCCGCCAACAUCACAGCGAUCACAGCCCGGACGCCAAGAGACGGAUACACAAGUGCCAAUUUCUGGGCUGCAAAAAAGUCUACACGAAGAGCUCACACCUGAAGGCCCACCAAAGAACGCACACAGGUGAGAAGCCGUACAAGUGCUCCUGGGACGGCUGCGAAUGGAGGUUUGCGAGGAGCGACGAGCUGACCCGCCACUACCGCAAGCACACAGGUGCCAAGCCGUUCAAGUGCCGCAACUGCGAUCGCUGCUUCUCGAGGUCCGAUCACCUGGCGCUCCACAUGAAGCGUCACAUGUGAGGGGAGAUCUAAGUCCAUAGAGAUCCCCGGAAAAUCCAGAGGCGGAAGUGAAGGGGAGAGAAGGAGUUCAGCGGAAACUGUGUGCCAUCAAGGAACGAUGAAAAACUUGCGUAACGCUAAUCAAAACCACUUAAUUCGUGGAGCAGAGAGGGGUGGAUAAACAAAAUUAAAAAAUUAAAUCAAACUAAAAAACAAAGAAAACAUCACAACACAAGCACAAAGAUGGAAAUUCAAGUUAUCCGAUUCCGAUUGAUAUUUGUGUUGCCAUUAUUGUCGCCGUUAUCGUUUUCGUUAUCGUAUGGUUAUCGUCGUUAUCGUUUCAAUUGCAAAUUCGAUUUGUUUCAAUGCCUUGUUAAGUGUAAGUUUAAGCUAUAGCAGCCUGAUCGCAUUUCCCCAUUCACACCUAGCAUUUAGCGGCAAGUUCUGAACAAACAGCAAAAAUUGUGUACAAUUUACCAAAGCUAAGCGAUUUCUUUAAUUAGUAAAGCAGCAACAAAAUAACAAAAAAAAACGUAGUAAUUUAAUUGAAAAAGAAUAUUUUUGUUUUCAUAAUGUGAACACUGCCAAAACGAAAAUGUAAAAAAGAAUAAACAAACAAAAAAACAAAAACCUAAAAACUAGAAAAAAUAUUUGUAAAUGUAAAGAGUUAAUAUAAAUAAUUAGUUUCAUAUGUCGGCAUCAGCAAAUAGAAUUACAAAUACAAGAAGAAGGUAAAAGUGCAAAAUAUGUUUUAAACAAAACAAAACACAAAACGUUAAAACUGCUUAUUUUCUUAAUUUAAUUUUAAAUGUAAUUUAAAUGUUACCUAGGUCUGAAUAUCAUUUCACCGCGCCACUCGAAAUUGGAAACCUAUUAACAUUAAAUUUAAUUAAUGCCUAAAUUAAACUUCAAUUCGUAUUCGGAAUUUGGCGAAAAGCAAUUUUGUUAAACAUAACAGCAAAAUUGGUUUUUUUAUGAGUAUACGUAAUUAUUUAAUGUAAAAAAUUUCUCUUAUGCAUUGCCUAAGUGAUGGAAAGUAUUACGAACACAUUUUGAUAUGUUUAUCUAAUUUAAUCAAAAUUUGUAUUCUCAAUCGAAAAACGAAACAAAAUUUAUAAAUUCGACUUAACAUACAAAUUCUUCUUUAUGUGCCUCAUUAAUUUUAAUUGAAUCAAUUCAAAGCAAUCAAUUCCCCUUAGCUUAGCAACUUUUUUCGGUAUCCUCCUAGUUUUCGAAAUCUUUUAUAUUUUGCAUGCUGAUUUUCAUUUUGUAUUGUAUCAUUUCCUCAUUCUUGUUUAUAAUGAUUUGUUUUAUUUUUAAUUAUUUUUAAAUAAAGAAAAGUAUGUGAAAAACGAAUGUUUCCAUGGGCUUAUCAUUUUCCACCAGCACCCCUCAGCAAAUGAGACACGACAUCAAAGUAUACAACGUUGAUCGAGAGCAAUAUGUGCGUUUCGGUCAAUCAUUAUGGUUUGUGUGAUGAGAAAUUCUGUGAUCCAGAGAACAACAACAACAAAAUAGCUAAGGCAAAGAAAAACAAAUGAAAAAUGAAAAACCAAAAACGUAAAAACCAAUGACAAGCAGAUAAUCAACUGCAAAAGCAUACAUGCACUAAAAAGCGAAAAAAUGGGGUUAGAGAGGGAAACUUUGCCAAAAAAAUGCGAAUACUCCCAAAAAUGGAGCAAACAAUUUAGUUAAACUCUUGAUAUAUAUGCAUUUUUAUGUAAAUACGAACACAAAAUACAGUUUGUCUCCUUUUUCUAGCUUUAUUCUCACUGAAUGUAGAUGGGAGGAGAGUUUUGACGAUUCUGAACUGCAAUCGUUAUCGAUAUCAAUAUGUACGUGUGUUGCUUGUGCUUUGUGUCAUUUGAAUGUUAUCAAAUUUGUAUGUAUCGAUAUAUCAUCAGAUCAACGCGCCACAAACGGAUAAUCCCGAAAAGGCCCCCAAGGGUCCCUUCCAGUUCCAGAAUCCCGUUUGGCUUCCAAGCGAAAAUUGCACUGAACAAUACUUAAUGAUUACGUGAAAAAUCCAAAUCCAAUACGAUGUGUCAAAAAUGCUUCAAUCAGUUUAGUCUAACUUUUGAGAAAAACCGAAAAACCAAAACCGAAAACCGAAACAGUAAAAAUAGAAACCCGAAUAUAUAAAAUAUUUUGUAUAGAAAACCUUUAAACUAAAAAUCGAAAGUGUAAAGCAUAUUUAGAUCCUAAAUCAGAUAUUGGAUAGUCACGAGCGCAGAGUGAGCGUCACUAUAGAUAUGGAUAAACCAGAAUAUAUAUAUAUAUGUAUUUUACAACCGAAAAAGUGUAUUUUAAAAUGAAAAAAUUAAAAAAAUAAUUGUGUAAAAAGGUAAACCAAAAAUGAAAGACUGGUCAACGAGGUGUUCCGCGUUUAUGCAACAAUUGCAAAAUAGAAAAAGUAAACAAAUAUAUAUAUGUACAUGUACGAGCAUAGGGGAUUUUCGAUUUCGAAACCGAUGGCAUAAGAUACUGUACUCCAAAUUGUAUAUGGUGUGUGAGCCCAGAGCGAUUAGGUUAAGUACCACUCGAUCAUUUCGAUUCUCCGAUUCGGAUUUAGAUUCAGAUUUGGAUUCGGCAGCAAAACUACGCAUACGUAAGAGGGAGGGCAUUGCCGCGAUCCCGCAAUUAAAGUUAAUGAAGUACGAAUUUUAAGUAACGCUGAAUGUGAGUCUAGAGAGUACUAAACCAAAAACUAUGGAUAUAUUUUAGUGUCUACACUUGAACAUUUUACAAAGGCAGCUCCCUGGGGUCAGCUUUUGCGAAGUCAACCAGCCGGCAAAGUACGAGGGUCUGGGGCUCUGUUGCUGAGGGAAAAUCUAUAAACAUUUUCUACAGAUUUACAGCCGAGCAUUACGAGCAAAACCAAAGGCAGAGUACAGAGGCCGGAAGUCAGAAGUCGCAGGGCAGGAACAUUUUUGGCAGCAGGCACACAUAAAAAUAAAUAAAGUAUACUAAAACUAGAGUAAAUACAUUUUAAUUUCGUUUAGAGUUUCGUUUGCAAAUGUGCUUAGCAAUUUUCCCAUUCCACCCCCCGCCCAUUACCCCCGCCACCCAUUUCCCAGGAUUUUCCUUGCUCCACAGUGGAAUAUCAUAAGCGUUUAGUUUAAGAGUAGACUAAAUGGCGGAGGGCCAAGCUUAGUAUAGCAGAAAUAUAUGGGAGGCGAAGGGCGUAUACACACACAUAUAGAGUCGGAAAUCUGGGGAACGGGGAGUACGGGGUUCGGGGAGGAAAAGGAGUAAAACAUUUUAUGUAGGCAAAUAAGGGCAUAACUCGUAAAAGAUUUUGUGUAUAGUUUAGUGAAAUGAAUUAGUUUAAUGUUAAAUGAACUCAAAAGUAAACUACAUAAAAAAAUAUAUAUAAAUAUAUACACGCGGAUAUGUAUUUAAGGGAAUAUACUUAAAGCGUAUGGCGAACCUAUUUACGUGGCAGUUGUGUGUAAAGUGUGUAAAGUGUGUGUGAAUCAAAUUGAUGUAUAUCUGUCGUAAGGGCGAGUCAGUUUUUGGGAAGGAUUAUGCAAAGCAUCUACAAAUUAAGGCACAGCAUUAUAAAUUGCAACUAAUGAAGUACGUUUUAUUUGAGCUACGAACGCACGAACGGUUACUAAAGCAAGAAUGGUGAUGGAAUGCAGAUGAGGAGGGUCAUGGGUUAGGGUUAGUCAAGUGGGGGUUACCGAUGGGAAAUAUUUCGGGGUGGCAGCAAGUGGUGAUUACUUAGAAUUUUUACGAGAUAACUCAGUUUAGCCCUUCCUCGUUUCUGUAUAUGAUCGCAACCCCAGGCAUGCAUUCAUAUUUAUAAUUGUAAUCAUAAGACAGUGUAAUUGAUAUCAAAAGAUAAGAAAAAACUAAAGGUAUAAAGAGGAAAAUUCACAAGUUUCGGCACAGGAAAAUCCAAACGAAAAAUACAUUUUAGGAGUAAGUAAAUCAAAAAAUAAAAAAAAAACACAAAAAUAAUAAUUGUAUUUAAUGCUUGUGCAAAACAGAAAAAUUCUUAGCUAAUAGCAAAUAGCAAAAAAUCUAAUUGUCAGUGUUUAAUUACUAUUAUUGAUGUGCAUUCGAUGUGUGCUAAGUUCACAAAACAAGCAUCCCGUUUACCCAGAUCCCAAUUUUUCCAGGUUCCUACAAUCCUUGACAGUUGUUUUCCACGAUCGAUUGUUUAUUUCGGUCCUUCGCGUAUCAAGCAGAUAAUUAAAAACCAUAUGUAUAAAAAUAGAGCUAAAUAACUGAACUCGAAAUAAUUUCGCAGCUGACUCGAAAUGUUUGCAUAAAUUAUUAGUUGAUUAACUGCGAGAAUAAUUAAUAGAAUUUAAUUCAAUUAGCAUAUUUUCAGCCUCGCCCGCGCCCCCUAACCACCUAGAUUAUAUAAUUGUAGCAAAAGCGAAAACAAAACAAAAUUAUUGAUCAUUAAACAUUAUUAAUUAUUAUUAUUAUGGCUUGUUUGUUGCGGCUUUUUGUGCAUCUCCAUUCGGAAAUCAUUUUAUAAGGGGAAACAAAUUAUAAGAAGAAUCUAGAAAAUAAAUACAGAAAACAUAGCAGAAACAAUUGGGCAAAAAGGCCAAAAAAAGAGUGGAGAAAAACAUUUCUUGUACUUAGGUUUAGUUUAUUAUACAAAAAACAAGAAUAACAGCGGCAGAAUGAAGCAAAUAAUAACAGCUAAACGUGAAUAAGUGAGGAGACGAACCAGAUCCAUCAACAUUAGAAAAACGUUAUUUUUAUUCUUGUAUAAGUAUAAACCGAAGGCAUUUUUCAACGUAUGACAACUAUUAUUGUACGUAACUUGAUAUUUUGAUGAGAAUUUCUGUGAACAAAGCAAAAAAUAAAAAAUC